AUGUCGCACGCUCAUGGAGAGCACAACGACGCGAGCGCGACUGUUUCUCAAGGAGACCUCGAGCGAGAGCGCGAGUUGAAAGCACAGAUGUCUAUGCGUGUGAAACAGUUUUAUGACGUACAUGGUCGUCGACCAGCCCCUCAAGACAUUCAGCGCUCAUCCUCAUGGUUUGAGAUCUACAAGGAGAUCGGAGUGCUACGCGCGAAGCGCAAACAGGCAUCGCCGCAGGAAAGCCAGCCACAUGCACGGGAAACUUCUGGAAAGAAGCAGAAAGUUGAAGAGAGAAUUGAGAUGGUGACCCUCCCUGACCCUCUGCCUUCUCCUCCGGAGGGGUUCAAGGAGAAGAAGAACGAGGAGGGCAGGCUCCCUGUGGCUGCAGCGCUGCAUCUGUGCUUCCCCGACAAAUUCCCCACCUUCACGUCAGCAAAGCGAGCUGCUCGUCGCGGUGGAGACCCGAGAGUGUUCCGCGUGGAAGGAGCAGGUACCUCUCCGCGAGACGAGGAGCAGUGCUCAAGCACGAACGAUCUUUCAAUUCGGCCGGACGCUCUGCAGAAGUCCGGCUCAGCUCUGAUAUGCAAGGACUGUGUUGGAGCAGGAGAGCAGCUGAUGUUUGUUUACAAGCCCCCCAAGCAAGCAAAGGAUGCCUCGGCCCUCAAAGCUCAUCUCUCCGGCUGCACGGAAGCAAAGCUGAAAGUUCUCAUCGAGGAUCCUCACCUUGCUGUUGUAGUCAAACCACCUUCCCUCCUAGAAACUCGCAGGUCGCACUGGCAGCCAGGGUGCAGCGGAGACGUGAAGUCGUUGCUGUCAGCGUCUCUGUCGAGUGUUGGCGGAGACGAAGAGAAAGACGUUGAUGAGAGCCCGAGGUUGAAAGAAGAGGUAGCUCCUCCACAUGCUCGAGACGACGAGAGGAACAAGAGCAGCAUGGAAGCGGAAGACAAUGACGAAGACGCUGACGUCCUGACACAGGUUGCUGCCAACAUCUGUGAACAGUUCGCUCAAAGGAGGGUUGAGAAAAUGUACAUGGCGGUGGUGGUAGGGAAGGUGGAAGGAGAAGGUUCGAUAGACACUGAGCUGCAGGGACGCCGUGCUCGCACGCGGUACAUGAGCAUGAGGUCCGUUCCCUCCCUCGUCUUCGGCCACUUGUCCCUGCUCAAGCUGAUCCCGGAGACGGGCCGAAUGCAUCAGCUCAGAAAGCACAUGGCGGGCAUGGGGACGCCAAUCCUCGGGGAUAGGAAGUACCGGACCAACUCGCACUCAGACGAGGCUGGCGCCCUGUUCCUCUGGGCGUGCUCCAUCGCCUUCGACCACCCCGUGGAGGGCAGGCGGGUGCGCGUGCAUGAAGACCCUCCCAACAAGUUCCUGAGCAUCCUGAGCAAGGAGGAGAAGCGAUGGACCCGGGUGAAACUGAAAGAGAGCCAAGGGAAUGUCCCGCCCCCCUGA